AUGUCAACUAAGAAUAGCUCACCAGAGGAGACCCCUGAUAAGUCUGAUUUCGACUAUGUCGAGGAGAAAGUUGUUGGUAUCAACGAGGAUUCAACCAGACAUCUCUCUGAGGAACACAAGUCAUACCUGAUCGAACGACAUGGAACGCUUGAUCUGGAUCCAAUUCCCAGCAUGGACCCAGCCGAUCCAUACAAUUGGCCUGCGAGGAAGAAAUUAGCAAACCUAAUUCUGGUCUCCUUCCACGCUUGCAUGGGAACUUUCAUUGCAGCAGCCAUUAUAUCCGCUUACGAAGAUAUCGCUCUCGACGUCGGCACAUCUGUGCAGCGAGUGAGCUAUCUCACUUCCUUACAGAUCGCCAUCCUCGGAAUCGCCCCGUUGUUCUGGAAGCCACUCUCGCAACGAUUCGGUCGACGCCCUAUUUUCCUUGUAUCGCUAAUUCUCAGCUGUGUUUGCAAUAUCGGCUGUGCGAAAAGCCCAGACUAUGCUUCCAUGGCUGCUUGUCGGGCCCUCUGUGCGUUUUUUAUUUCGCCUGCUAUGGCUCUCGGGAGCGCGGUAGUUGCUGAAACGUACUUCCGGCACCAAAGAGCGCAGUAUAUGGGAAUUUGGACCUUGGCUAUCACACUGGGUGUCCCAAUCGGGCCUUUCAUUUUUGGAUUUGUAACCGAGCGCGUUGGAUACCGCUGGGUCUAUUGGAUUCUGGCUAUCACCAACGGCGUCGAAUGUAUCCUUUACAUCUUCUUCGGCCCUGAAACCCGCUACAUUGGCUGUGAUGUCCAAUCAAAAUCCUCUGCCUUCAAACGGGAAUACAUGUCCCUCAAACGCAUCGACCCAUCCCCCAUGAGAAUAUCUGAGUUCUACCACCCUCUGACUCUAGUUACCAACAUCCCUGUUCUACUUGCAGCGAUUUCAUACGCAAUGGUAUUCCUUUUCGCUUCCGUGCUCGGCUCAGUCGGAGUACCCCAGCUGCUGCAAGCUAAGUUCGAGCUUAACGCCCAACAGCUAGGACUGCAAUUCCUCGGUCUGAUCAUCGGGUCUGUAGUGGGUGAACAGCUAGGCGGUUUCAUGUCCGAUAUGUGGAUGAACGCUCGUACUCGCCGUCUCGGCCACAAGCCGGCGCCCGAUUACAGAUUAUGGCUGAGCUAUAUUGGGUAUUUGACUACUAUUGCCGGUACGGUGGUCUUCCUAGUUUGCACACAGCAGGCCGAGCAGGGUCAUUGGACUGUCAAGCCGAUUAUUGGGACUGGUAUUGCUGGCUUUGGUAACCAGGUUGUUACUACUGUUUUGACCACUUAUGCCGUUGAUACGUGUCCCCAGGAGGCUGGUAGCGUCGGGUCAUUUAUCAAUGUUGUUCGCUCGACUUGGGGGUUUCUUGGUCCUUUCUGGUUCACCUCAAUGUUUGAUAAUGUUGGUAUUGCGAACAGCUCGGGUAUUAUCGCUGCCUUGGUCAUGGGAGCUUCUUUCAUUCCUACUGUGUUUUUGCAAUGGCAGGGAAGAAGAUGGUACAGCCAUGAUGAUUAA